GGUCCAGGAACUUACAAAGGAUCAAACUAUCCAGCAGAGAAAGCCUCGAGUGAUAAUGUUGUCUCAAGAGCUACUGAUUUAGUUACCCAUGGUAUUCUAACUGGUGCAACAGCUGUUGGUAGUGCUAUUGGAACCAGUGUUGACACUGUUGUUGAUACUGUAAGAACUGUUACAAAUCCUACACCUGAAGAUAGGAAGGAAGAAUUUCUUACUCUUAAUACAAAGGCAAAACCAGGGAUAUGGAUUGGUCGUGGAAUUUUAAAUGCUGGUAGUGCUAUUGGCAAUGGUGCUUCAGCGGUAGGGGGAUGGCUCGGAAGAACAGCAACAUCAACCGCAAAUGGAAUACUAACAGGUGCCAAAUCACUUGGUAAUUGGGCUGAUGAUAAGUAUACAAAAUAUUAUGAAGAAAAAGCUCGUAAGGCUAAGGAAGAAGCUGAACGAAAGGCGAAAGAAGAAGCUGAACGUAAAGAACUAGAGGAGCUUAAGAAGAAAGAAAAAGCUCGUAAGGCUAAGGAAGAAGCUGAACGAAAGGCGAAAGAAGAAGCUGAACGUAAAGAACUAGAGGAGCUUAAGAAGAAAGAAAAAGCUCGUAAGGCUAAGGAAGAAGCUGAACGAAAGGCGAAAGAAGAAGCUGAACGUAAAGAACUAGAGGAGCUUAAGAAGAAAGAAAAAGCUCGUAAGGCUAAGGAAGAAGCUGAACGAAAGGCGAAAGAAGAAGCUGAACGUAAAGAACUAGAGGAACUUAAGAAGAAAGAAAAAGCUCGUAAGGCUAAGGAAGAAGCAGAUAGAAAGGCGAAAGAAGAAGCAGAUAGAAAGGCUAAGGAAGAAGCUGAUAGAAAGGCGAAAGCAGCAACACCAUCGCCAACUCCAUCUCCUUCACCAUCUCCAUCUCCUUCACCAUCACCAACUCCAUCGCCAUCUCCAUCUCCUUCACCAUCAAUAGCGGCUCCUGUGAGACAAUUUGGUGCAUGGGGUGCUGAUUUAGUCAAAGAUGCUGCACAAGGAAUUGGAAAGGAACUGAAGAACACAACAUUAG